AUGACCGGCUCUAACGAAGACUCCGCCUUAUUGGGGGGAAUCUACAACUCCAAGAAGAAGACUCGCACCUUCACAUGGAGACUAUUAUUAGAAGUAGGGCUCGUUGUAGCCAUAGUGCUUGCAUUCUUGUGUCCAUGGAAACCAGCAACUGGUGGUGCCACCUCCCCCAAAGUUGAUGUCAACAAGAAGAAGAACGUCAUCUUCUUGGUAACAGAUGGUAUGGGUCCUCAGUCUGUUGGGUUAGCCAGAUCCUUUAGACAAUUUAGGGAUGGCUUACCAAUCGAUGACAUUUUAACUAUAGAUAAACAUUUUAUUGGAACUUCUAGAACUCGUUCUAAUAACUCCUUUGUAACUGAUUCUGCUGCUGGAGCCACUGCCUUUGCAUGUGGGUUGAAGUCCUAUAACGGAGCUAUUGGUGUCGACCCUGAAAAGAACCCCUGUGGUACCAUUUUGGAAGCCUUAAAGUUACAAGGGUAUAUGACAGGUUUGGUGGUUACUACCAGACUUACAGAUGCUACACCUGCUUGCUUCUCCGCUCAUGUUGAUUAUAGAUACCAAGAGGAUAUGAUUGCUCAACAACAGAUUGGUGAGUAUCCCUUGGGUAGAAUGGUAGAUUUGAUGAUUGGUGGUGGAGGUUGUCAUUAUAAUGGUAACUGUCGUGCAGAUGGUCGUAAUUUGGUUAAAGAAUAUUCUGAUACUUGGAAUCAUGUUUCCACGAGGGAAGAAUUUGAUCUGUUGAAUGAAGGUCAUAAUGUUACUUUACCAUUAUUGGCUUUGUUAUCUGAUGGAGAAUUACCUUAUGAAAUUGACCGUUCUCCUAAACAUUUCCCUUCAUUAGCAGAGGAAGCUAAGGUCGCUUUAAAUGCUUUGGCUGAAGCUACCAAGGAUAGUGAUAAGGGGUUCUUUUUGAUGAUUGAAUCGUCCCAUAUUGAUUUCUUUGGUCAUCAAAAUGAUCCUGCUGGCCAAGCAAGAGAAGUGUUGCACUAUGAUACUGUUUUCCAAGAGGUUAUGAAAUUUAUUGAUUCCACUGAUGUGGAAACCGUAGCUAUUUCUACUAGUGAUCACGAAACUGGUGGAUUGGCUUUAAGUAGACAAGUAUCUCCUGCUUAUCCAGAUUAUCUUUGGUACCCUGAAGUGUUGUUGAAUUCUACUCAUUCUGGUGAAUUUUUGGCUCAUUUGCUUUUUGAUUAUUAUCAAAGCCAAAGUUCAGACGAUACUCCUGCUUUGACAUCUUAUAUCACCAAGCAAGUGGUUGAAAAUUUAAUGGGGAUUACUGAUUGGACUCAAACGGAUAUUGAUCGUAUUAUGACCAAUAUUAUGAAUGUUAACGAAUUAAUGUAUGUUCUUAAUGACAUGAUUAGUGUUCGUGCUCAAUUGGGAUGGUCAACUCAUGGUCAUUCAGCUAUUGAUGUUAACAUUUACGCUUAUACCAAUUCUCCUGCUAUUGAAGAGCAAUUGAAACAUAAUGGAGCUUAUGAUGGGUUAUCCGGUAACCAUGAGAACAUUGAGAUUGGUAGAUUCAUGGAGUCUCUUACUGGUGUUAACUUGGAUCAUGUUAGCCUGUUACUUAAGAAAACCAACCAUAAGCCUGAAGUGGUUAAAUCAGAUUUCAAUGUUAACUCGUACCAUGUCUAUUAG